AUGCCAAAAAUAAAAAAACUUGAUUCACCGGGUAGCAGCUUAUGGUGGUUACGUCAACGCGAAAUAGGAUUAAAUUCACCAGUAGGUUACGGGGAUCGUUUUUACAAAACAUUGUACUCCUCUAUUCAACCAGUUACAUCAUGGGACCAUGGAAAUAAUUUAAACAAUGCAAUACACGGUGGUGUUUUCAACCUUGAAUUUUCACCUGACGGUUCCCUCCUGGUGGCAGCUUGUGAAAAGAAAAGUAUCUUGAUGUUCGACCCACUGGGCCGCCGUCUAAUAAAAGCUUUGGACAACGCUCACACCGACUGCGUGAACUGCGUUCGGUUCCUCGACCACCGAAUGUUCGCAACCUGUUCCGACGACAACUCCGUGGCUCUUUGGGACGCGCGAAACCUCAAGCACAAAAUCCGUUCCCUGGAGGGCCACACAAAAUGGGUGAAAAGCAUAGAAUACAGUCCGCACGACCAGCUUCUGCUCACCAGCGGUUUCGACGGCAGCAUCUACUCCUGGGACAUAAACAGUGCCACAGAGAAUAGUCUUCUAUAUACUCAAGUGUUCCAUACAAACGGAUUGAUGCGAACCCGGUUGACACCUGACGCAAAGAAAAUUCUAGUCAGCACCACUUCAGGCUACUUAAUAAUAAUCCACAACUUACGCUUAAGCACGCUAGCCCAAGAUCUCGACGGUUUUAAGCCAAACGUUUACCGGCUGAUGCAACUGUCUCAAACGACGUUACCGGCAGCUGCCAGUUUCACUCAUCUUUUCUCGACAUCACGCGUCCAUAACCGCGUUGAGUUCAUAACAGAUUUUCCGCAAGGGAACGACGCUGAAUUUAUCUCAAGUCUUCAAGUUCACCCUCAAGGCUGGUGCGUGUUGUCACGAAAUGUCGGAAAUGAAGAGAAAUCCGAGUUCACCUGUGUUCAUGACAUUCAAGACUACCAAGUUGUCGCUGAUGAUGAAAAGCAGGACAAGGAAUCGUCCAGUGCUGGGUUGAGCGGCCUCUACAAUCUUAACACUAGCGGUUCCAGUGGUUCCACGGAACAAAGCUCUGAUGUUCGAGCAAACGAUGAUCAAUCAUCAAUAAGGUACUCAUUCGUGAUAGACAAUCCAAAUUCUAGGCUAUCAGAGCUGCGACCAGACAACCGCAUUCCCAGUAACUUUGAAGUUGUUGCAAUAAGAUCGAACUUGAACAAUCUGAACGCGAACAAUGAUCCCAGAGUUCCAGGGAACUUACCGCAACCUCAACCACAAGAUCGCCGGAAUCACCACCAUGUUUAUAAUAAUGGAAACUUCUCAGCUGCUAACAUGGAACUGCAUGUCAGUUCCACUGAUGUUUGGGAAGCACUGGUCGCAGUUCGGGAGAACAGAACAAGGCGAGAACGGGAACGGGAACAGAUCAUCAAUAACCUUAACCAAUCUGGUAAUCCACGAGGUUUCGUGAUGAGGCGCCAAAUAAGAGAUGAUCGUCCUCACACUGUUUUUAUUGUCGGUGAAAGAAGUUCUGCGAACAACUCUACGCUAUCAGGAACCCAGGCUGCGUAUGCUAUUCCCCGGAAUCACAAGAUCCAUCAGAAUGUUCCUCGGCUGAUAAAUUACAUCCAAGAACCCAAUCUUGGGUUAGGAUACAUCAAAGAACUGUGCUUUUCAGCAGACGGACGGUUGAUUUGUUCGCCGUUUGGUUAUGGCGUUAGAUUACUCGGGUUCUCUAAGGAAUGUCAGGAACUGUCGUCCUGUGUUCCGGAACCUGAUAAACCGAGGAAAUUGUGUGAAUUAGCUACUACUCUUAGUCAUACAGACAUUGUUCUUAGUACAAAAUUCUCCCCGAAACAUUGUUUGUUGGUCUCUGGGUGCCUCAGUGGAAAGAUUGUUUGGCAUCAGCCGGUUAUUUAA